ACGAUGGAGCGAGCGAGCAAGCGAGCAAGCUCGAAAGAAAAGCGAAAGAAAAAGAAAAAAUCGACAAUACUUCUUAUUGAUUUUUCUUUUCUUUUUCUUUUCUUUUUUUACGAAACGUAAAGAAAAUUCCUAAAGUACAUUCAGCUCGUCGUUUUAUUAUUACAUUUAAUAAAUAAGAACGCCCCCGUAUGAUUUUGUACUUUUAUUUAGAAUUAAUUAAUUUAAAUGCUAUCGUGUUAUUACGUGUUUAUGUACAUUGUACAUAAAUACACAUGUACACUCGUUUAUAUAAUCAAUCUCGUGAGUCAACGCUUUUCUUUUUCCGAUCGUUCCACAUAUCCACGUCAUCAUAGACUCAAUGAUGUACCUAGCUUUAUAUAUAUUAAGCUUCAUACAGGUUUGAUAUCGCUCAUUAAGUUAACGAAGCUUCGCACGCCAACGUAUCGACCCACGCUAGUGACGCCAAUUAACCUUGAUUUCGAAACGCGUAAAAAUACUCCUUCGACACGAGUUUGACCGACAAAAGAGAGAGAGAGAGAGAGAGAGAAAAGGGGGAAAGGGAAAAAAGAAAAAAAAAAGAGAUACAUAAGACGAGAUUGGUCCUCUAUGCAUUGACACUGUGAUAUUCUACGAUCAAAUUACAAAAAAAUAAAUCUCCCAGUGUGAGUGUGUACAUGUGUGCGCGCGCGCACUUGUAUUGAUAUAUCUCGGUGAGAAGUAAAAAAUGAAAAAAAAAGAAUAAAAAGAGAGAGAGAGAGAGAGAAAGGAAAAAAAAACAUCAAACGUUAAAAGUAAAAUAAUAUACCGUAUAGAUCGAACGCGAGCGAGCGCGUGGCUAGCGACGAGGCGUGAAUUACAGCUGAUCGUCAGAUGAUCGACAGUGCUGGCAACCUUAGCGAGAUUAAACAUCAUACGUGCACGCAUAUACGUCUAGUCUAUCCUUUCGAACGUUACGUUACAUACUACAGGCGACAUUAAACCUGUACAUUAAAGACACGUUAACACGUAAUUUAGAUCGCGUGAGUGUUAUUAAUAAUGGGAAUGUUAAGGGGUGACAUUGACGUAAAAAGUAUAGUGUACAAUUAAAUUCCAUUAAAAUGAAUUCGUCUUGGAGAUAUGUACGAGUACGCGUGUGAAACAGAGAGAGGAAGAGAGAGAGAGAGAGAGAAAGGAUAAAAAGAAAUAGAGAUAUAGUGACAGAGAUAGAGCGUACAGAAAGGAAGAACGACAUCGCGCCAUCCAUAAUUUUCUCGAUGAAGGAAAGUUAAAAAGGUAUAUAUCAUUGGUUCAAUUCCAUUUCCGUCGUGGGUCGAGAGAGCGAAGAGAAGGAAGAAGACGAUCGAACGGGAGUCUCUUUUGAAGGAGGAGGAAGAGGAGGAGGAGGAGGAGGACACGGGUGAUCACGAGAGACAUUUCUGACAAACAACGAAAGACGAAUUCGCGUGCGCGUCGAUAGUCUCGAGAACGGCCAUGGGGCCCGACAGGAUCAUUUGACCCGUGGGGACGACUCCAGGCUCGGUGGAUUGUGCUACUGCCUCGCUCUAUACUUCGAUUCGGAAUGCACUGCCUAGGUGCGGUGACAGGAAGCACUCCCAGCCCAAAUGGGGCUGGUAGUCGAGGCGGUAUUCUUAGUAUGUUCCGAGCUCUUGGAGUCCUUGUAUGUGAAGGGAGAAUCCAGGGUCCUCCGCGUGGCUACAAAGAGGGUCCCCAUUGUGCGCCGCCCAUGCAACCUUUCCCAAACAACCACGUCUGCGAAGAGGACAAUUAUUUGUGCGACCGGUAUCUUGUCCUAGUUCGAGAACUCGCCGAUCGAACUGCGAUCGGAUCGUUCCUAUGCGUCGAAGUACUACUCUGCAGCAAUUGUCAGUGCGGCUUGGCAAAAGCUACCAGCAAGCACCCAAUUUGUCCUGUACCGUCCUUAUCCAUCUCGCCAUGGCAACAAACUUCGGAACUUUUGCUCGAGUAUUGGUCCAUUUGCGUUGUACCAAGCAAGAGCCCGGAAACGAUGAAUUUCCAAGGACUUUAUCAGGCAGUCCGUUCUAGAUUACAUUUUAGCCAAGUUGCCGCCUGGUGGUCCAGAAGCAACGGGAUAGAACCGAAUUACGUUGCAACAAGAGUCGUGCCGUACAACGAGGAUAAUCUAAGGAAAUUUCGGGACUCGCCGGUCGAACAUACUUUUCCUCUAGCUGGUAACGGCGACGGAAGUUCCAUCAAGGUCACCGUUUGGGCAUUGCCACGGAUGGAAGAGGUGCCGAUACUUAGCUGCUCGUUACAUCCGACGAAAGAGAAAGACGAGGAAGGUGUCGCUAGGGCGCUAACUCCAACCAAAACGAUUCCCGUGGUAUCGACGAACACUUCGCAAAACUCCGACGGCCUCGUUAUGCCGGUACUGCUGGACGAUAGGCUUCAUACACCAUGCAACAAGCCAGGCAAACAUCAUUGUCGUUGCGAGGAAGAAGAUGCUUCUCCGCCUUCCCCAUCGAUCGCCAGGCCUAUCGGCGAGAGAAAACGUCGUAGAUCCCUUCCUUGUGGUCCACCGGAUGUUAGUCCUAGCGUAACGUUUCAGGCUAUGCCACUGCCGGCCGUCCGGGAGUCAAGUGUACGAGAGCAAAGAGAUAACGAUCGUUUGAUAACAAGUUCGAGCUCGAGUUAUCCUAGAUCAUCCUCGGAGAUGUUGAAUAAUCGUGGAGUCACGGCUAUAAAAUUUUCAAAUGGACAUCAUCAGAAUCGGUUCGAGGAGAACACGCUUAAGAGUCGUAAUAAUCUAAAUUCUGACAAUCUCGAGCGUUGCUUUAAGACACAAUUGAGUAUCGAGGAACGAGAUGGUAACGUUGAAAAACGUUACAAGCUUACACUCGAGAACACGAUGAACGGUGCGGAAGCGAAAUCGUGCGAAUUAGGAGAAGAGAAAACGCGACGAUCGGAGAAAGGAUGUGGUGGUGGUGGUGGUUGUGGUAACGAAGGUGGUGGCGGCGGCGGUGGCGGUGGUGGUGGUGGUGGUGGUGGUGGUGGUGGCAGUACCGGUGGCGGAUUUCGUAAGAACAUUAAUUGCACUGGCACACCGGCUGAGAGUAAAUCGAUGGAAAAGAAUGGUCUCUUCGAGAACCUCAUACCAUUUAAUUCUUCCUUACCGUGGUCAUUCGUCGAGUCUUGGAACAAUAGCGGUGCCAAUGGCAAGUGCGGCUUUCAGAGUUUACGAGGACCAAAGGAAGGACGUUUUAAUGGAUCAUCGAGAAUGUAUUCCGUGCCUGCACCACCUGUGAUAGAUCCCUUCAAACGAGCUACGCCUUUCCACGAAUCCAAUCCAGGACCUUCUACGUACGAGAGCACAUAUAUCAAAUCUAAGCAAGAUACUUUUGAAUCGCCCUGUACGGUACAUCAAACUCGAUCGAAAUCCUCGAUAAAUGGUUUCGGAUGCGGCGAUUGUAAGGAAACAUUUAGGAACGAUGAGAAUCCAAGAUGUCGUGGGAAGCCUAACAAAGAUUUGAAUCAGAUGAUGUCGAAGCUGUCUUUCCCGGAUGGACAACAAUCCGAGAAGGACAAGGCAAAAGAGGAAGGUGGUAUUCUGGAUUGGUUUACCAGAGUACCUAGUCGUGUUCUUGGAGUUUCACCUAACAAUGGUUACGUUGAAAAUAGUAAAGCCAAAGACACGAACUUGAAAUCUCAGGAUCAGCAUGGCAACGAGGUCAAGUUUAAAAACUGCAACUUGGAACUUAGCCAGCGUGAAUUCGACGAAGUUUUGGCGGUGUUAAGAGCCAGGACACCCUCCGGACGUAAGAGAACUCCUUUGAAAACCAUCAAGAGACGCGAUAGAUACGAGAAAUCCCUCGAGGAUGGCUCCUUCGAAAAGCCUUCCGCUAAGUUUCCUACCAAUUUGGAUUCCAAUGAAUAUCUUGUUGUCAAUCAUGUGGAUGCACGGAUUAAACCAUGCGAGAAUUGCAAUCACAGGUAUUGCAAGAAAAACGAGCAUCGAUUAGCUGACAAAAGCGUCGCAUUAGAUCGCGUUUAUGGAAGUAAAAAUAUUUAUAAUCCAACCCACGAGAGGCAGGACAAGCUAGGAAAUUAUAUGAACGACGAAUCGAAAAGCGAUAAAUCUUGCGUAACGGACAAACGUGUGAGUGCUAAUCCAGUCGAUUGUUUACAAAGUGUAUCGAAUAAGGCAGAUGUAUUAUUGGGGGCCAUAUUGCGAACUAGCAAGGAUCGGAAAGGUCUGUCGGAUAUUUCCAAUGGGACCAGAUCUCAAAUUGCCACGUUGAAUGCGAAAACCGAUAACGAAACUAAUUCUAGGUUGGAACAGCCAAAUUCGAUCGGGAAACUCGAACAUGAUAUGAGAAUCGCACCGUACGAAGACGACAAGUCGUUGCCGUUGGCAUUGAAUAAAAAAUUCAAUCGUUUUCGUCAACUUUUUAAAAAGGAACAAGAAAAGAAGGCGACGGAAGAUAAUCUUCAACAGCAACAACAACAACAACAACAACAACAGCAACAACAACAACAACAACAACAACAGCAGCAGCAGCAGCAACAACAACAACAACAACAACAAGCACAACAAUGCGUGCGAAAUUCUUCUCAACGUUUAAACAGUAUGAAUUUAAAUUUGUCUUGCAAUAACAUUCAGACUGGUAAUUCGGUUGACAAUACGACACGUAAUUUGAGAGAGGUCAAAAUAAAGAGAAAAAUAGAUUUUUCGAAUUUUCCGGAGGAGAUAGGAAGGAUCGAGGAACGAUCAGAAUCGUCGUGUUUAGAUUCUAGUACAAAUGGCGCACAUCAAAACUCAAGGAUACAUAGUACAAAUUACAAGGAGGAUCAUCGUAGUAACGUCUGCAACAAGGGAGAUCCCAUGAACAGGCUGUACAGUACAAAUCAAAUUAAAAAGGACGAUUACGAAGAUGAACACGGAGAUCAAACUAAUCGAGAUAAUAAAGCACAUAAUAAUAAAGAUCCUGUUCCAUCCGCCGUUAAAAUUACGCCGGUCUCUUUGCAAAACAGUUUCUCGUCUUCCAAAAUACGAAAUAACAAUCACAAGGCCGGCUUCAGCAGUAGCAGUACCGAGGACGAUGAGACACUCGACAAAGCUGUUCCUUCGGCGAUCGAGCAAGAAAGGUUUCGAAGGUCUUUGGAGAACGCGGCGUCAAUGGUAUUCCACAGUAGGACUGGUUUGCCCCUUACAUCGAGUCCCGCCCCAUUGAGAAGAGGUAGCUGCUGUUUCGACUAUGACAGUAGCUUGAAUUCCGUUUCCUCGAAAAGAAGUGCGCUCUUUGAAUUGAAUACACCACCAAGUCCAGGUGCGGUCUCGUUGGAGGAGACCGAUCGAGAAACAGAGAAUGCAUGCGAAGGCGAAGAACCACCGAGAAGACGUUCGACCUCACGAAACAGGCCACAGAGUCAUGCUCUCUUAGGUAGCUUCGAGGAAUCAGCUUUGAAUGGUAGACUCGAACCAGUAUCGACUGUUCACGGGUUCACAGCGGAACUCGGUGCGAGUGGUUCCUUCUGUCCUAAACAUCGAAAGCUUCCAGUUACUGUGUUCUUCUAUACUCUCGGGGACAAUGACAAAGUCUCUACACCGUACCUCGCUCAUAUUAAUCUAGGAAAGAAGGGUUAUCAAGUACCCAGAAGCGGUACUAUUCAAGUGACCCUACUCAAUCCAUUGGGUACAGUUGUCAAGAUGUUCGUAGUUCUGUAUGAUCUUUCCGACAUGCCACCACGAUCUCAUACUUUUUUACGUCAAAGAACUUUACGGGAUAAAACCCUACGCUACCUCGUACAUCUUAGAUUCAUGUCCGGGAAAUCAGGCAGGAUUUAUCUACACACUGACAUACGUAUGAUCAUUUGCCGCAAGUCCGAUGUAGAUACAGCCUCGGAUUUUGGAUCAGAACCACCAAAGGAACUUAGAAGUUAUAUUCAUGGUCCUACAAAUCCAAAAUUUUCACCAAGGUGCUGAGCCACGUGGCUCUUUCCAUGGGGUUGCUGCCGAUCGCUCCGCCCACCUAGUCCCCUUCAUGUCGAGGUUUGAUUCGCUAUGUAUGUGACUGCGAGAAGAGGAAACUAAAAGAUCUUGUUUUGUUUCUGUUUUUUUUUCUUUCUUUCUUUCUUUCUUUCUUUCUUUCUUUUUUCUUUCUUUCUUUCUUUUUUUUGUUCUUCUUCACAUACACACACACACACACACAUACACAUACACACACACGCGAGAAAGUGGGAUCACGUAUUAGAAAGAAUUUGACGUUGGUACACUAAGAGAGAUAAUAAUAAUAAUAAUAAUUAUAAUAAUAAUAAUAAUAAUUAAUAAUAAUAAUUAUUAUAAUAAUAAUAAUAACAAUAACCAAUUUGAAAGCUAUAGGAGAGUUGAUCAUAUUUACGAUCCUUCUCUCUUAUUUAUGGUAUGUUAAAAAUAUAUUUGUGACGUGGGAUGUGCUUAGUAGCAUUAGCUUGCGAUAGUUUCUUCAACAUCAAUUUUGUUUCUUUUUUUUUUUUUUUUUUUUUUUUUUUUUGAAGGAGGAGAAGUUAGGGAUGGCGUGUUGUAAAGUUGGUAUGUGUUUUACUUGUUUAAGUUAAUAUCUGUUACAUAGAAGAUUGAACGAUUAAAAUGUUUUCGUUUAGAUUUGCACGUAAUCGUUAGAUUCGCAUAACUUACAAUUUCUUUCGCUCAAAAAUAUGUUUUUCUAUCAACGUUAUUAGUUUCAUCCCUAUCUUUUUUCUUUUUUUUCUUUUUUUUCUUUUCUUUUCUUUUUUGAAAUCGUUGAGUUUGUAACAAUUGUGAAGAUUUUAAAAAAGGAAAAGGAAAAAAAACGCAAAAAAGAAAAUAGAACAAAAAAAAAGGAAAAAAAAAAAAAAA